GUCUUCGCCAUGCAGGCUGUGCUGCGUUCCCCCCACCGUCCCCACCGUCCCCGUCGCCCCCUCACUUCAAUGUCCAGAAUCGCGACCCGUCUGCUCAGCGUGGCUCCGCGCGCGCGUGUCCACGCUUGUCCACUCCUCCGCGCCCCGUGGACUGGUGUUACCCCCGCAUCUUCAUUGUCCUCCCUCUCAUCCCCCGUCCGCUCCUCCCCCGUGCCCCAGCCCCCAGCGUCCCAGAAGCGCGCGUUCAACGCCUCGGCGCGCACACACGUCCCAUUCCAGUUCAAGCUCGCCGACAUCGGAGAGGGCAUCACCCAGGUCGAGGUCAUCAAGUGGAAUGUCGAGCUCGGGCAGGAUGUCGAGGAGUUUGACCCCCUGUGUGAGGUGCAGAGUGACAAGGCUGUCGUCGAGAUCACCGCACCCUACGCCGGCAAGGUAACCAAGCUCGGCCCUCCUGCCGGAUCCAUCGCCAAGGUUGGAAGCACUCUGUGUGUCCUCGACACGACCGAGGACCACGGACAGGAGCAAGAGGAGAUGCACGAGGAGGCCGAGGAGGCACACGAGGAGCCCGAGCCGACCCCUGCUCCCGUGCAGUCCCAGGCGCCGCCACCUCCCAAGCCUCAGGCCGCUCAGACCGAGAGCAACUCUGCGACCCCCAAGUUCGCCCCCAAGCCCCACCCCCUCUCGGACACGGCUGUCCGCUUCGAGGGCGAGGCCAGCGUUCUCCCCCAGGCUCCCAAGCCCGUGUACGACAUCCCCGACCACGUCGAGGCGCGCCAGGACGGCAGCCUGUCGCGCGGGCGCAUCGUACGCACCUCGCCCGCUGUGCGUGCCCACGCCGGCCGCCUCGGCGUCGUACUUGAGCACGUCACGCCCUCUGGCCCCGGCGGCCGCGUGACCAAGGAGGAUGUUGAGCGCUACGCCGCCUCGUCGUCGUCGUCGUCCUCGGCCAUCACCCCCGCCCCCAAGGCUUCCGUCCCCGCUCCUCGCGCCCCCAAGGCCGCCUCCCCCGCGCCAUCUGCCGUCUCCGCCGACCGCGGCGAGGCCACCGAGCGCAUGGAGAUGGGCCGCACCCGCAAGGUCAUGUACCGCGCCAUGGGCAGCAUGGGCGACGUCCCCCACUUUGGCUACCACCACACUCUGGACCUCACCAACCUCCUCCCGCUCAUGAAGGCCGCCAACGCCAAGGUUCCCGAGACCAAGGGUUACCUGGCCGCGGACGUGCCUAGCUCGUUCGUCAACGCUCCUCCCCUCCCCGAGCGCCAGAAGACUUCCGUCCUCGCAUUCCUCGUCAAGGCGCUCGCCCUCGCCCUCGAGGAGCACCCCAUCAUGCGUUCCCGCGUCAAAGAGGCGGACGAGCAGCGCUGGCUCGAGGUGUCGCGCGACGCCAACAUCGGUAUCGCCGUCAGCGACCCCAAGCUCGGCCUGCUCACGCCGGCGCUUUCGGGCCUAGACCCCGCUGCGCCGAUCUCGGCCGUCAACGCGGCGCUGAACGACCUGCGCGCGCGUGCGGCCCGCCCUGGCCCCCUCCCGCACAUCACCAUCUCCUCGGUCGGGCCGCUCGGCGAGAGCCGCAGCGCUAACCCCGUGCUCCCUCCUGGUGGGGGCCUGGCUAUCGCCGCCGUCGGCCGCGCAGCAUGGGAGAUCGAGUGGGUGCUCCGCAACGGCAACGGACCGUCGCCGAGCUCGGUGUGGAACCUCGAGCCGACGCAGGUCGAGGGCGCGGGCACGCGGGCCGUCCUCAAGUGCCCGGUGAGCUGGAGCGGGGACCACCGCGUGCUCGAGGGCGCCGAGCUCAUCGCGUUCACGGAGACGUGGAAGCGCUACGUCGAGCAGCCGUGGCUCUGGCUCCAGGUGUAGAGGGGUGUGCAUUCAUAAUUGUACUUUUUAAUGCAUGGCAUUGGCAUCGG